GUUCUCAUCAAGAAGUGGACUGAAAAAAGUCUAACACGUUGAAUCCUCGCCGAUAAUCCCCUUUCCACCCAUCUCCUCGGCGAUUUCCUAUCUCUUUCUCUUUGAAUAUAUAUAUUCUUUUAAAAAAAACAAACUUACAUAGCAAAGGGUGCGUUACCUUUGAUCAUCCACUUUCUCUUUUAUCGAAAAACCGCGUUUUUUUGUUUUUGUUUUUAUCAGAUCGUAAAAUUACUCCAACUUCGGUUUAUGGAAAUGAGCUUUUAUUGAAGGGUUUUUGAGCGAACAGAAAAAGAAAGCAAAAAGAAAAUCAAGAUUAUGGCAGAUACUAGGCGCUAUGGCCUUACUAAUCAACUGGAUAUUGAGCAGAUACUCAUGGAAGCGCAGCAAAGGUGGCUACGACCAGCUGAAAUAUGUGAAAUUCUUAGAAAUUAUAAGCAAUUUCGCAUUGCUCCUGAACCAGCACAUUUGCCAUCAAGUGGUUCACUUUUUCUUUUUGACCGAAAGGUACUGAGAUACUUUAGAAAGGACGGACAUAACUGGAGGAAGAAAAAGGAUGGGAAAACGGUGAAGGAAGCUCAUGAGAGACUCAAGGCUGGAAGCAUUGAUGUUCUGCAUUGUUACUAUGCUCAUGGACAAGAUGACGAAAACUUCCAAAGGCGCAGUUAUUGGAUGCUUGAAGAGGAACUCUCGCACAUUGUUCUUGUCCACUAUCGAGAUGUAAAGGGAAAUAGGACAAAUUUUAAUCGCAUCAAAGAGAUUGAAGGAACUAUUCCAUAUACCCAAGAACCUGAAGGAAUAAUUCCCAAUUAUGAGGGUGAAAGUUCUAAUUCUUCCAAUUUUAAUCCCAGUAAUAGUCAGAUUCCUUCACAAACUAUGGAUACAGCAAGCAUGAACAGUGUGCAUGUGCAGGCAUCAGAAUAUGAAGAUGCUGAAUCAGUCUGUGUGUUAUUCUUACCAAGCAAGAUGAUAUCUAAUGCAGCCUACAAUCAUCAAGCAAGUUCACAGUUUCAUUCUUUUCUUGAUUCACAUAAGCCUGUUGUGGGAAGGACGGAUACCGGGUUCUAUGAUCCAUAUGUUCAUGUAUCACAUUCAAAUUAUCAUGGCAAACCGCCUCCAACUGCUUUUGAACUUACUCAACCAGACAAGGAUACAGAGUAUGAUAAUGUUGGAAUAACAUAUGAGCCCCAGAAGAACCUUGAUUUCACGUUAUGGGAGGAUAUGUUGGAAAAGGGUAAUCCUGGGGUUGGCUCUGCACAAUAUCAGCCACCACUCACCUUGAAACAAAAUGAUAUCAUGGGGCAGCUAUUUGACAACAGCUUUCUUAAUAAGCAGGACUUUGAGGAUCAAUCACAUGCUCAAGAAGACUGGCAGGCUUCUGAGGGUAAUUCUUCUCAUUCAAUGAAGUGGCCAUUGGACCAGAAGUUGCAUUCAGAGCCUACACAUGCUGAUUCUCUACCUAAUAACCAGCUGAUAGACCCCUUAAAUGCAAAUCAUGUAUAUGUUCCUAAACCAGAUUCAGAGAGCUAUCUGACACUGGAGGGGAAAUCUAUUUACUCUUCUGCUACAAAACCACAUUUGCUUGAUGGUUCCUUAGCAGAAGGUCUGAAGAAGCUUGAUAGUUUCAACCGCUGGAUGAGUAAAGAACUUGGAGAUGUAGAGGAAUCACAUACGCAUUCAAAUUCUGGAGCCUAUUGGGAAGAGGUGGAAGGCCAAAAUGGGGUUGAUGUUUCCUCUAUUCCCUCUCAGGGGCAAUUGGAUACCUUUACGCUAGGUCCUUCCCUCUCCCAUGAUCAGCUUUUCAGUAUUAUUGAUUUUUCACCAAAUUGGGCAUAUGUAGGCUCUGAAAUCAAGAUUCUUAUCACUGGAAGGUUCUUGAAGUGUAGAGACGAGGCCAAAAAUUGUAAGUGGUCAUGCAUGUUUGGGGAAGUAGAAGUUCCAGCAGAGGUUUUAGCAGAUGGUGUUCUUCGUUGCCAUACUCCAAGACAUGAGGCUGGCAGGGUUCCCUUCUAUGUCACAUGCUCCAACAGAUUAGCAUGUAGCGAAGUCCGAGAAUUUGAGUACCGAGUCAGUCAUAAUCAAGAUAUAGAUACUGCAGAUCACCCUAUCAAUAAUGCCACCGAAAUUCUUGAUUUGCGGUUUGGUAGAUUAUUGUGCCUGGACUCCAUUUCUCUCAAUUCUAACUCGAAUAGCUUAGCUGAUAUAACCCUGUUGAGCAGUAAAAUUAAUUCAUUGCUGAAGGAGGACAUUGAGGAAUGGGACCACAUGUUGGCCCUUAACUCAGAAGAAGAUAUUUUUCCAGAAAAAAUAAAGGAGCAGCUACUUCAGAAGCUAUUGAAAGAAAAGUUGCGUGUAUGGCUCUUGCAGAAGAUAGCAGAAGGUGGAAAAGGCCCUAGUAUAUUGGACCAGGGUGGCCAAGGUGUUAUACAUUUUGCAGCUGCUCUUGGCUAUGAUUGGGCCUUAGAACCCAUUAUAGUUGCUGGUGUGAGUGUAAACUUCCGGGAUGUGAAUGGAUGGACUGCACUUCAUUGGGCUGCAUCUUCUGGCAGAGAACGGACGGUUGUUUCCCUUAUUUCACUGGGUGCAGCUCCUGGAGCAUUAACAGAUCCGACGCCUGAAUAUCCUUUAAGCAGAACACCUGCUGACCUAGCUUCAGCCAAUGGACAUAAAGGAAUUUCUGGUUAUCUUGCGGAAUUUGAUUUAAGUUCCCGCCUUCUAUCCCUGAAUAUGGAUAAGCAAGGUUGUAACAAUACCACAGAUUCUAGACCAGAUGACAUACAGAAAAUUAUGGAGCGAAACACAACUCCGUUCAGCUACGAGGAUGCUUCAGAUGGUCCAUCACUAAAGGACUCAUUAGAUGCUGUUCGUAAUGCGACGCAAGCUGCUGCUCGUAUUCAUCAAGUCUUCAGGGUGCAAUCCUUCCAAAACAGGCAGUUAAAAGAGUAUGGUGAUGAUAAAUUUGGAAUGUCUGAUGAGCGUGCUCUUUCACUUAUAGCGGUCAAGUCAAACAAGCCUGGACAACAUGAUGAGAGAGUGACUGCUGCUGCCAUUCGCAUUCAAAAUAAGUUUCGUGGUUGGAAGGGAAGAAAGGAGUUUUUGAUUAUCCGCCAAAGAAUUGUCAAGAUUCAGGCUCAUGUAAGAGGCCACCAGGUAAGGAAAAACUAUCGGAAGAUAGUCUGGUCGGUAGGGAUUGUAGAGAAGGUGAUCUUACGUUGGAGACGGAAAGGAAGUGGUUUACGUGGAUUCAAAUCCGAAGCACUGACCAAGGGGCCUAGCACAUCUGCAUCCUCAAAGGAGGAUGACUAUGAUUUCCUGAAGAAGGGCAGGAAGCAAACCGAAGAAAGGUUACAGAAAGCACUUGCCAGAGUUAAGUCCAUGGCUCACAAUCCUGCAGGCAGAGAUCAAUAUAGUAGAAUGAAGAACGUUGUAACUGAGAUCCAAGAGAAGGUCAUGUACAAUAAGAUUCUAAACUUUGCAGGAGAAGCAACAGAUUUGGAUGAAGACUUGAUUGAUCUCGAAAAACUAUUAGAUGACGACACUUUCAUGCACACAGCGCCUUGAAUGAACUGAUCUCUGUCUUAAUUCUCUUACAAACCUUGUUCGAAUGCUUUAUUGCUAUAACUCAUCUGUAAAUGUCUGAACUUAGCCCAUUCUUCGUCAAUGAUUUGAGAUAACAGUGCAUAGAUUUUGACAUAUACUUUGGCCCCUGCUACUGCUACUUGGUUGUGUAGUUAUUGCUCCAUAAGCUAAUUAAUUUCGACCUUUGCGCAA